CAACUUCAUUGUGUUUUAACAGAGCGCAGGUCUAGGUGCUUUAAAUUCAUCUGAACUAAUAAUUGACUCCAAACUCAUGAGUAAGAUCAUUUAACGUUUCUUAAAGUUGUUAUUGUGAUCAUUGCUUCAGUAAACGAUGCUAAUUACACUUGAUUAAUUUCCAAUUGUUACUAGUGUGUGAUAGAAACGUCAGAGCUUCAACAUUUCAUACCCGACAGAAGCCAGACCAAGACUGAAUCAAUUGUCUUUGACUUAACGAUAAGAUAAGAGAUAAUUCAAAAUGUUGAAAACUUUCGAAGCGAUCAAAAAAAAUUUCAAAAUCAAGCCACAGGCCUACCACAUUGAUAACUGGAUUUUUCGAAUGCACUACAGAGUGACCACUUUAAUUUUUCUGGUGGCGACGCUCCUAGUGACUUCCAGGCAAUACAUAGGGGAGCAUAUUAAGUGUAUUAGUGAUAAGGGGGUACCUGAACAGGUCAUGAACACGUUUUGUUUUUUUACCACAACUUUUACCGUCAUCAGUCACUAUGACGACAGAAUGGUAAGGGAUGGGCAUGUGGCGCACCCAGGGGUGGGCUCCUAUGGGCUCAAUUCGACGGAACCCAUCCAGAGACAUGCCUACUACCAAUGGGUGCCCUUUGUGCUGUUCGGGCAAGCCAUCAUGUUCCAUCUAACUCACCUGAUUUGGAAAAAAUUUGAAGGGGGCCGUAUUCGCAGACUGAUUGAGGGGCUCCAACUCGGGGCCUUCGCCUUUUUGGAGAAGGAGGUGGCCGUCCAAGACAAAAAAAUCCCCUCGAAAGAAAAAAAGGCCGAAUUUAUGGCCACCAUCCGCAAAGCCUUCAUCGACCGAAUCUUUUUCAAUAAAUCCUGGUCUCGGUGGUUGGUUUUCUGCGAGAUUCUCAACGUUGCCAACGUUAUUCUCCAAGUUUACAUCACAGAUUUGUUCUUGGAUCAUCAGUUUUUGACUCUUGGGACCGAUGUGAUUGAAGAUGGUGACGAAACUGUCACGACUCUGGACGAAGUGUUCCCAAAGGUAACGAAGUGCACUUUUCACAAAUACGGCCCUUCGGGCACCAUCCAGCUCCAUGACGCCAUGUGUGUAAUGGCCCUCAACAUAAUCAACGAAAAAAUCUACAUUUUCCUCUGGUUCUGGUUCAUUAUCCUCUUCCUUCUAUCCUGUCUGGCUGUGUUUUGGCGCUUUAUGACAAUUAUGCUGCAUUCUCGAAGCCGUGGUUUUAACCGUCUGGCCUUCGCCACUUCGUGUCCUGGAAAACUCGACCCUUGGCAGAUGCUCACCGUGACCAAGAAAUGCGACUUCACCGACUGGCUUUUCCUGAAAUACUUGGCCAAAAAUAUGGACGCUCUGGUGUUCCGGGAGCUGUUUUUGGGGCUGGCGGAGGAUCUGGAGGAGAGCAAGAGACCGCUGAUUUGUUUGGAGAGCGACGAAGAGGCUGCGACUUUGAAAAAGCCGGCGAAAUUUGACUGAUUUUUUGUAAUUAGCUAGUGGUUGAAUAAAAGUUUGCUAAAG